AUGUCAAAGCAAUUUUAUUUCUUAAAAAAAGUGGGUGGAUUGGAAAAUAAUGCAUUUUUGACAUUAUGGGACCUCCUAGAGUCCUGGACUUCUCAAGAUAACUGGAUGGCAAUCUUAUUUAUAACUUUUCUGGGAAUUAUCUUUGAGAUCGUACUCAUAAAGAUUUGUACAGCCUUUCAGAAGAAGCCUGCACUUCCUUCAGAGAAGGAUAAUACAGAUGCCCACAAGAAAGAAGACAGUUGCCUUAAAAGCAUGAAAUUUGGUAACUGGUCAAUUCAUUCAUCUUCAGAAGAAAGAGUUGAUGACUUUUCAGAAAGAACAAUUACUUCAUCACUUACAUCUGAAGGAAAUGAAGGUAACUCUGGAGACAGAGUUUCACUGCCAGAUGAACCAACACGGGCAAGUACCAGUGAAAGUAAAUAUCGCAUAAGUCACUUUAGUGAAAAUCAUGAGCCAUCUUCAGAUGGUACUAGCUCGUCUUUGUCACUGUUUCAUUCAGAAGUACAGGAAAUUUUUCCAAGGUGCAGAGGGUGUCCUGAAAACGAACAUGAAACAAUACAGUUUUCAUCUAAGAAAUUAUCUUCCAUAAUGAAAGCCAACGAAAAUAAAAAUUUGAUGUUUUCUUCUGACUUUAACUUUUCAAGAAUUUCUAGAAUCAUUAUAGAAAGUGAAGAUAUAGAUGUGGCACCACACCCUCCUGCCCAUUUAUUUCUUUCUAGAGACCAAGUCAGACUUCUGGAAGAAAAUGUGAGAAAUAAAAUGCCUUUAACAUCCAAAGCUACUUUAGAGAGUAAAACUACCUAUCUGUACUCAAGGUCUCAAGAGCCCUUGAUUCAGAAUCAACAUUCUGUUAGAAUGGACAUUUCUGCCGAAGCACAAGAUUCUUUUCCGGGACAAAGUGCUCUUCCGAAUCAAGAUUUUUCUGAAGCCCAGUUUACUAGUCAAGCCCAACAACUUGUUAACAACCAGGAAUCAAUCAAUAGCCAGCCUGAUAUCAAGGCCAGAUACGUUGCUCUGCCUCAAGAUUUGAUGAGGAAACCACUUACCAGCAGCACACAAGGCUCCUUCCAGACCCAACAUAGGGACAGGAGCCAACAUUUGGUCCAAGUCCCACAUUCUGUUGAGACUCAAGAUUCAAUCAAGGACCUAGAGUCUGAUACAAAACACUCAGAAGAGGCCCAAUAUUCUGUUUGGUUUGAAGAUUCAAACGAGAUUCAAUAUUCAAUCCCAGGGCAAAAUAAUAUUUUUAAUAAUGCCAGACAUCUAGUUUUAACUCUAAGCCCAAAUUCAGUUGCUAAAGUGAUGCCACAACUAAAGAGUGUAAAGACAAAGGGCCAGAAACAAAUUGCUAGCUCAAAAUUAAAUCAGUAUCCUGCAUAUGGCUCAGUGCCUCUUUCACCUACCAUGACCAGGCAGAAAAACAGAAGAAAAACAUUACACAGUAAAAGUAAAUUUAGUCUCAAAGUUCCACCUCAAAAGUCAAAGAAAACAUCAACUUUGCCAGUAUUUCAAAUCACAGUAUGUCACACUUCAGAAUGUAGCAAGUUAAGACACAGGUAUAAAACUAAGAAGAAAGAGUUACAUCAAAGAAAAGGUGUAUCAGGUAUAGCGUUGUGUCGUACUUAUGCUUUCAAGCUUGUUCCUCCUUAUAUUAGGAAGUAUUCCAGGAAAAGACUAGUGAAAUUUAUGCCAGGUUUAACAGGAUGUAGACAUUUUCUGCUGAAGCAAAAUAAGUCACUGUAUGCAGAGAAAGUCAACUAUGCAGGGCCUGUUGAGAAAAGAGGAACCUCAGGGAGUACUAAAAACGAAAAGCAUCAUGGCAGAGACAAUAAAGAACUAAAAAACAUUUCACCAAAAAUUCCACCUCAGCUAGAAGAGUUUUUCAUGGUCAAUGCUUAUAAACAAAAAGCACCUUGUUCUUCAUUAAUAGAAACAAACUGGAAGAAUAAAGAGUCUCUUAAAGACCCAAUUUUACAAGCAAAGGAAAUCGAUAUUGCAGAGUUUUGUGCCCCAGAUAGUGAAAAAAUAUCUGACCUGCAUAUUGCAAAGCAUGAGACACCUUUAGAAGAAGCUAUAUCAGCACCUUUGCAGAAAUUUGAUUCCUCUCCCAAAAUGGAGUCAGACAGAAGAAAGAAAACCUGGGAGGACCUAAAAAGUACAGAGAAUUCACAUCUUCUACUUACAAAUGGAGAGAAGUUACCAACUAGUACAUCAGAAAUGCAAAGGUGCUUUCCAAAGGGAAAUACCCACGAAAAAGAUUUUCUUGAAAUUGUUCUGGAGUCUUCAGAUGUCAACUUGCUCAUUUCACUAGGAACCAAAAAGCAUAAAAGCAGUGAACAAUCAGCAGGUGGAGAAAUUCAAGAGAGUCCAGAAGGUGUAAUUGAGAAGGAAAAGAAACCAUUAAUAGUUAAUGUUACAGAAGAUGGUGACCUAAGUGAAAGUGAGGAACUUGAAUGCAACACUAGAAGCAGCAUAAAAAAUAGGCAAGAUGAAAGAAUAUCUGAUGCAUUUCACGAUGCCACUCACACUGCCCUUUCUGAACCACCUCAUAUGGAAACGCAGAGUGGAUUAAAAACCAAGACAGAUACAUCAAGAAUAGGGCUUAGUCAUUCAGCCGUAAAGCAAGACGAAUUACCAGAUGACAAGAAAACAUGGAGUGCAGAAUACAUUGAGAAGAGAUGUAUAUUUAAAAAACCACAGGAACAUGACAGAGAGGAAGAACAACAGGCUCUACAAGAAGCAGAUCCACAGCUAACACCAGGUUUCAGGUUGAGUCUACAACUAAAGCAGAAGCCCAAGUACGUCAAAUUUGAAAUAGGACAUAGCUGUUCAGAAAGUAGAACAACUCAAAAUGAAGAGCUAGAGGUACAACCACACACUCUUUCUACAGAAACAAUUGUGGGGACUGGUCCAUGCCCCACAAUGGAUCCAUUUCAAGUUGAGAAGGUGAAGCAAAGCACAGACAGACCUACAGCCAGGGAAACCGCAGAUCCAGUGCAUCCUCUUACAGUGUCAGAGAGCUUGCCAGUUUUAACUGAAACAACAGAACAUGGUGUUGCAUUGUGUGGAAGCCCCGGAAAGCCCCUGGAUGAUCAAAUUGCAGAAAAAAAGGAAGACUUAAAAAGAGUUUUACCUGAAGUUGCCCUGGGGUCUUUCCAUAGGCGUAUGCUUCCUUUAUCAAGUGUGAAAAGGUGGAGAAUCAGAAAAAAAUUACCAGAAACCAAAAAUGUACUCUGUCUCAACCGUGUAAUUAUGAAAGUAAAGACACCAAUACAUCAUAGAAGAAGAUUGAGAGGUGAUUUCAAAAUCAUGAUUAAACAAAUACUGCAAGAAACUGUGGCAGAUAUGCUUCUGAGUGUUCUUGACCCUCACGUGUCUAUUUUGCCUCAUAUUAGAACACACAGCAGAUUAAAUGCAGAGAAUCACAGUCAUACCAAGCUGAAACAAGAGAUAUCAGAAGUUGAAAGAGAAGAAAAGUGUUCAGAUACCAUUACUAAAGGAAGUGACUCUGGAGACACAUCAGAAGCAGCUAAAUUGCAAGAUGAAAUGAGUGGGGACAGAGAAGCUUCACCAGAAGCUGUCCUUGAGGAUUGCUGGAACCUCAGAUUGGAUGCAUAUCCAGAGAAAGAGCUUAAAACAAAGAAAGAAAUGCAACAACCAGUCACAUUUGCAGAAAUCAUGAUGGAGUCUGUUUACUCGGCCAUAACAGAUCCAUUUCAUGCUGAGAAUAUGAAGAAAAGCCUGACCACACAAACAGAUUUAAGAUGCACUGCACAUUCUGAGAUGCCUCCUCCAGCAUCAGAAAAAUCACUGAUUGGAGACCCUUUAACAACAAGAGAAAGUGAUGUCCCAGAUUAUGGAAGUGAUACAAGGGAAAUGGUUUAUUCUUUUACAGAAACAAAGGCAGAGUUACCCAAAGAUUUACCAGCAAUUUUCCCAGAGACUUUUAUUUGCCACAUGCCUGUUUUAUCUCAUUCUAAAGUGAAGAAAAAUAGAGUAAGAUUCUCACACUUAGAAAGUAGAGUGAAGUCCAAGUCUGUACACAUGAAGGCAUUGAAGCCAUCAAUUUCACAAAUAUGUAAUAUCACAGGUCAUAGAAAGGAACUGGAAUCUGACUUUAAGGCCAAGUUUGAAAAGAUCAACCAAGCUAAUGGGCUGGUUUAUGAAUUUCUAAACACCCUUUACUCUCCUGUGUACAGCAGGUUACAAGAAGAGACAAACAGCUUCUGCCAUGCUCAGGUAAAGCUCCAGGGACUAGCAGGUGAGGGGAGACCACAGUAUGUUGAUUUCUUUGAUAAGAGUAGUGCAUUCUAUGACAGAGAAGAAAAAGUACAAGAUGGAGAGGAAGAGGAGCAAAAAACGUUGCUAGUAACUGCUCCGCAACAUACCCAGUACCUCUGGAUCAAUGGGUAUCAAGGGAAAGAGACCCACCUUGCCGAACCAGACCCAGCACUGGACCGUUUAACACAGGAACAAGAUAUACAGCACCGAACAUGCUUUACACAAACUGCUUUGCAGACUGGCCUCCAGAUGGGUCCUCAAGAAGCUAAGGAACUCCAGAAGAUCAACAAACCAGAAGAUGACAUAACAGCCCCUACGGGUCUGGAGAUUCCAGCUCCUGAGGCAGGGAACUCAUCACUUGAUAAACUUUUGAACACUACAACAGAGUGUGGCCUACCAUCUAGUGGAAACCUUAAAAGGGAACUAGAUUCUUAUUUUGUGGGGAAAAAUUCAGAGUUACCAGAAAAUUUGCAAGUGACCUUCCCACAGUUUUCUGAUUCGGUUGACCCCUUUGUUUCUAAAUCUAAAAGGAAGAAAAACAUAUUAAAAUUAGCAAGGAAGCAAAAAACAGUGAGUCGUAGGUAUAGAACUAUGAGAGAACAAAAGCCAUCAAUUUUGCAUAUGCUUAAUGGCAGACAGAGCAAGGCACUGCAAUGCAAUUUAAAAAUAAAGAUGAAGAAUCCACAGCAAAAUAAAAAUAUAGCAGAUGCAUUUUUGGAUAUCAUUCACUUCAAGGUGCCUACUUUGCCCAACAUCAAAAUGAGUAUUGGAUUAAAUGUGGAGACAGAUAUGCAAAUGGUAACAAGACUUAGUCAUAUGCAGCUAGUGCAAGGGAAAUCGCCAAAUGGAAGAAAAAUAUGUUGCCCAGAUUCUAUCAAUAUGAGUAGUUUAUCUAACAGUGUGAAAGAUGGGGCGGAGAAGGCAUGGGAACAAGAUUUACCAGCUCCAGAGACUUGCCAAGGCCUCAUAUUCAAUAUAUAUCAGAAGAAGGAUCAUGACCUUGUCAAAUCAGAUGAGGAACUGAAACAACCAGGAAGUAUAAAUAUUCAGGUACAACCACAAACACAUUUUGCACAGACUAUUUUAAGCUCUGCUUCAUGCCCUACAUUGGAUCAGUUUCAACUUAGAAAGCUAGAGAGCUAUGCUAGGUUUUCACCUCCAAUGUCAGGAGAAGCAAAGAUUGAUGAACAAAUAGUUUCUGAAAGAGAAUGUGGUGUUCCAUCUGAUGCAAACCAUCAAAAGGAACAAGCUGAUGGUAUUGAAAAGAAAGAGACAGUGACUUUAGAUUUCUGCCUGGCUUCUUUAUCUAUAUCCAAAAGCAAGAGAAAUUUCAAACAAUAUUCAGACAUGAAAACCUUAAUGAAGCCCAAAUGUGGAAUUUUAAAAGCAAAGAAACCAUCAAUUUCAAACAUGCUCAAUAUCAAGGCUGGUGCUAGCCCAAAUCAUAGAAAAGAAUUGGGAUAUAACUUAACAACCAAAAUGAAAGAGGUGGGUCAAGGUGAAAAAAUGGCAGACGCCAGGUACUCCCUCACGUCUAUUAUACCUGCCGUUAAUAGGUAUAGCAAGAGAGAAAGGGAAAAAAACAUGUUAGGGGAAAAAAGACUCAGUUCUAAACAAGUAAAGCAAGAGAUAUCACCACAUGAAGGUAAUAUUACUCCAGGUGACACCAAAGAAACCAAUCUUCAAGAUGAAGAGGAAGAAGAAGGUGAACAGGAGAUGUUGUUAAAGAUAAUUCCACAGCACAGCCAGCAUUUCAUCUUCUGUUCAGGCCAGAGGAAGGAGCUUGACCUUCACAAAUGGGGAAACAAAGGACGUGGGAAAAUUCUGUUUGUUACAGAACAAGACAUCCCACGACAAACACAGCUUCCAGAUCCAACCCAGGCAGAGGAGCCAAAGAGAAGCCAGCAGACACUAAAUGGCACGGUGUGGUCAGCAAGUUCAACCCUUCCCUUUCUAAAGUCAAAGGAAUCACUAAUUCGUCGAGUUUUAAUUGAUACAAUGAAAUGUGAUGUCCCAAGUAAUGGGAGAUGUACGGGGGACCUGUACAAUCAUGGUAAAGAGGAAAAGGCAGAGUUUAAAGAAUAUGUACAAGCAACUGUCCUGGGGUCUUUGGAUGCCUCCACACCUGAUCUAUUUGAAUCUAAGAGGCAGAGAAAGACGCUUACAUGUAGAGCCUUAAAAAGUAAAAUGAGUCCCAAAUGUGUUAUUAUGAAGACAAGGAAGGCACCAAUUUCACAGAUAUUUAAUAUCCCUGGGAAUGGUUAUUUAAAAGCCCUACAUCCAAAAACCCUGAAAUCACAGACUGUUGACUUUUUAAUUCAGAUAAAAUACUCUGGGGUACUGGAAGAUCGUACUGCAGAGAGAAAGGAAGGAGUAGCCCAAGAAUUACCAGCAGCAAUUCCGCAGGUUUUGGAUUUAUCCACACUUGCUUUACCUGUGUCAAAAAGAAACAACUCAGAACUUACACACAAGAGAAAUAAAAUGAGUCCCAAAUGUGUAACUUUGAAGGCAAAGAAGACACCGAUUUCAAAGACAUUUAGCAUCACAAAAUGUGGUGCACCAAGCCAUGGUAGGCAAUUUGAAUGCAACUACAAAACCAUGAGGAAACAAGGUCAGUCUGUGGCAGCUGUCAUCCUGAAUGCCUUUUCCUCUCCCGUGGCCGUUUCACUGGACAUGAAAGUGCAUGACAGAAGCAAAGUAGAGACGGACAUGCCAUGGAAGAUGAGGUUCAGUCAUGAGCUACAACACCAAGGACAGUGGCCAGAUAGAGAAAGAGCCUCGUGUCCCUAUUCCAGGGGCGAGAAGGGCAGGGCCUCAAAUGUCAGGAAGGAAGUCAAAGACCUCGGUGGAGAAGCAGCGCCAUGGAAUUCCCAGCACCUCACUUUCCAUGCUCCUAACAUGAAGGAACCUCGCUUUGUGAAAUCAGAUCUAAAAUGUAAGUAUUCAGCAAGGGAAAAAAUCCCAGAAUCGCUUACCAUAGCUCAGGAGCUGCAGCAACACACACUUUUCACACAAAGUGUAUUGCAUCCUGUGUCUUCCUCUAUUUUGAAUUCACUUCCAUUUGAGAAGCUACCAAAAAGAACAAAAACGCAGAGUCCAAAGAUUUUAUCUCCAAUGACAGGGAAAUCACUUAGUGAAUCUUUAACUGUUAAAGCACCGACUGAUAUCCUAUCUGAAAGAGGCCCUACAAAGGAACUUGCUGGUUCUAUUCCAGAGGAAAAAAUAGGGUUACCAAAGGAUUUACGAGUGAGAACCCUGCAGUCUUUUGGUAUCUACAUGCCAGCGUCACCUAAAAUUAAAGGGUUGAGAAAUGCAGCACUAAUCCCUAAGUCUAGAACUGGGAAAGCCCAGAUGGCAUCCAUUUUAAAGACAACUAAUAUCACUAGGUCUGGUGCCCCCAGCCAUGGAAAGGAACAGGUCUACACCUUGGAUGACAUGGCCAAAGAAAUAUCUCAAAGUAUGUCAAAUAUAUUUAUGAAUACCUUUUUUUCACCUACACCUGUUUCACCUGCCAUCAAAACACACAAAAAACUGAAAGCAAAGAAAGGCCCAUUAAGAAAAAAAGUCAAUAUUAUACAGUUAAAACAAGAGGAAGGGAAAAGAGUGUGUAAAUAUACCUCUAAUAAAUGGAGCACCUCAAGCAGCACAUCAGAAUCAAGAUGGCAAAAUGAAAAAGAAAAAAUGGGCAAGGAAGUUUUACUCGAAGCAGGUCUACAAUUCCUGAAUAGGACCGGAAGUAGAAAAGAUCAAAAUAUGCUUAUUACAGAGCAAGAAGCAUGGCAACAAGCACUAGUUUUGGAAAAUAUGUUGGAGUCUGUUUGUUCUCCUCUGGUAAUUCCAUUUCAAACUGAAGAGCUGAAAAAGAAUAUCCUACCACAAACAGACAUACUGCAUAGAAUAAGUGAAAAGAGUUCACGUCUAAAAAGAGGGAAAGCAAUGUUUGAUGGUCUUUUAAUUGAUGAGGCAGUGUUUAGGACUACAUCUGAUCAGAGCUCCACAAAGAAGCUGGAUGUUCCCAGUGCAGCUUCCCAACAACUUGAAGAAGAAAUGGAAGACAUAAAAACUCAAAAAAUAACAAAAUACACAGUUGAUCAAAAUAUCCCACCUCCCAAGUCAGGGAUCUCAGUGCUUGGAGAUCCAUAUAAUGAAAGCUCUAGAAGGAAAGUGGGUGGUCGUAUUGCCAAGAAACAUAAAGAGUUGCCGAGAGAUUUACUAACAAUAUCCAUGAUGUCUGUUUUACCUGACUCUAAAAGGCAGAAAAAGGCAUUACAGUUUCCAGGAAGGAAAGAUCUUAUGGGUCCCAAAUGUAUAACAAUGAAGGCAAAGAAGCCUCUUUUUUCACAGGUGCUUAAUAUCACUGAGGAUGGUCAUCUGUACUGUAGAAAGGAACAGGAAGGCCAUUUAAAGUCUAUGAUAAAGGACAUGCAACCAAAUAGAAGUAUAGGUGAUGCGUUUUUAUCUCCCACACCUGUUUCAACUGAUAACAAAAUAGAUUUUGAAAUUGAUAGCACACCAAAAACAGGGACGGAUCGACCAAGAGUGAAAAUACACAACCAUACCUAUCCAGAGCUAGAGAAAUCAACAAGUGAUGGGGAAGCAUGGGAGGCCAAUUUGACUGAUACACAAAGCAGAUCCAGCAACACAGGUAAAAUGAAUGUGCCACAUAAAAAGGAAGAGGAAAAUAUCCCAGAAAUGUUAGCAGAAUCAGUUCUGCGCUAUAGUCAACACUUCCAUUUCAGUUCCCAUCAUAUGAAAAAUCUUGGCCCUUACAAACCAAAAUCUAAACUGAAUCGUUCAGAAGGCAGGAGGACUUGGAAUUUGUCUUGUGCCAUGCAAAAUAUGAGGCAAGAAGAACACGUUAGAGAAACUAUCUUAGAGGCUGUUUCUAGAAACGUGAUGAAUUUUAUUCGAGUACAAACAUUGAAGAAACGUCUUCGUACUCAAGGGGGAAUACAAUAUAUGGUAGGUCUAAAGACCCCAUUUCCAAAAGCUAGAAAGUCAGAGACUGGUUCCAUACAAUGUGAUGGUCUCUGGGAUGGAAAUCCGAGGAGGAUAUGGGAUCAUCCUAUUUCUAAGAAAAAGACAUGGAAUCAAAGUGACUUAGUAAGAACUGUCUUAAAGCCUUUAGAUUUCUCCAGCCUUGAUUCGUCUGAACCCAGAAGCCAGAGUUACACAUUAGAGGUUGCAGACAAGAAAAAUACAAUGAGUCCCAAGCAGGUAAUUGUGGAGGCAGAGAAACCAUCAAUUUUACAGGUGUUUAAUAGCACAAGUUGUCUUACAGGAAUCCAUAUUAAAAAACCCCACAAAGUUAAGUACAAGAUAAGAGAGAUGCAAUGGAAUGAAAGUGUGAGAGAGAGAUUACUCCUCACCACUGAGGGAGCUAAGAUUCCAACGCCCAAGUUAGUGAUUGAUCAACUGUCAUUCGAUACAGCAGCGAGGGACACUCUGUAUAAUGACAGAACACGUCACAAAAAUCUGGGUGGUCUUAUCACAGAGAAAAAGGCAGAGUCGGAGGAAAACUUAGCCACAGCUCUCUUGGGGCCUUUAGAUUUGUUCACGCCUGUUUUAUCUGACUCUGAAAGCCAGAUAAACACAGUACAAGAGAAAAUCAUACUGAAUCCCAGAUGUUUAGCUCUGAAGAAAAAGGAGCCACUCAUUUCACAGAUACUUAAAGUCAAUAGGCAGUUUGCCACAAAGCAGAGGAAAAAACUUAGAUCCAAUUUAAAAACCAAAAUGAAAGAGAUUUGGCAAGGUAAAAAUGUGGCUGUUAUAUUUACAAAUGCCAUUUACUUCACAUUGGAUACCUCUGACAUUAAAAGGCAAAGCAGAUUCAAAACAGAGAUAGACAGAGUAUCAAGGUUUAGUCCUGUACAACCAACACACAUGGAGCUGCCAGUUGAAAGCCGAGUGAUUUUACAAUCAGUUAAUGCCACAGGUCAUGCUGCUUUAAGCAUUAAUAAGGAACAGGAACAGGAGGUGGGCAUACAGAGAGAGAAAACGGUGUUAAAUGCAGACCUAAAAUCUACAGAUGCUUCUACGUCUAUUCCACCGCACAUAAAAAUGGAGCAGUCACCUAGUACCUGGGGUAACUAUGAAGAAUCUUCUGAAAAGAGAACUGCCCUGAACAAAGCAAGAGUUACAGAGGAAGAAGAGUAUGAACAACAGGUUUUGUUUGGAACACCUCCACAAAAUACCCAGCCAUUUGAGUUUCUACAAACGAGACAGCAAGAACCAUGUGUCUCAGGAACCAUCCAGAAUUCUGCUUAUGCUUACAAUCCUAAAUAUCCUAAAAUCAUAAAACAUAAAGGUAAUGCAAAAGCAGCAGGUGUGACAAACACUACGCAUACUGAACAGGUAAAGUCGAAGGCAAAGAAACCACUUGUUUCCCUGAUGUAUAACACAACAGGGUAUGGAACCCAGAGCAACGAAAAGGAAAUGAGGUGUAACAUCAAGAAACAGAAGCCGGGGUUCCAGCAAGGUAACGCUGAGGUAGAGUUCGUUCUGAAAACUAUUUGUGACUCUGGGUCUAUUCCACCUCAAAUUCAAGCAUUGAUGGAAGCAGAAAGGGAGAAAGGCAAGGCACAAAGGCUGAUACACAUUCCUCCAGAGCCAAAGCUGGAGAAAGCACUAAAUAGAAGACAAAUAGCAUUUUCACAGUCCAUUGCUAAGAGUGCUAAAUCAAGAAAUAUUAAAACACUGAAACAAUAUAUUAGAGAGCAAGAAGAAAAGUACCAAAUUGCUUCACCAGACGUUCUCCCACAAUGUAAAUACCGAUUCGUGAUGAGCCAGCCACUGAAGAAAGAGCCUGACGAUGUCAAAUUCUCAGUAGAUUUGAAAAGAGAAGUAUAUCCUGAUCGACAUUCACAAAAGAGGGAAACCAACUGCACUACGUUUGACAUCUCAAGAAUUAGAUUACACACAAAACACAAAUUCCUUAUCACACCAGGAGUAAAGGAGGGAUAUGGAGACAUGACCCAACAUUCAUUUCCAACUCCACAGUGGAGAGAAGUAUCCAAGAAAACGGACAUUUCCUUAAGUUCAAAAGGAAAGAAUAUGUUUCUCCCAGAGUUGGAUGCUUCUCAACAGAAGACUUGCAAGGAGCAGAAACUGCUGAAACAAGGAAGUAUUUCAAGGACACACCUGGAGCAUACUUUGUAUCCCAUUAUGGAAACUCCUCAUUUGGAAAAUACAGUAAAGGUCUCUGAGGAAGGUACAUACAUUGACAGAAAAAAUAUUUCACAUCUAUUGGGAAGAGGAGGAUUAAGAGAAACAUAUCUUACAAGGUUCAAAAGGACAGACAUUUCUUUGUACAAAUGUAGAGGCCCAGCGAUAUAUGUCUGCAGUGCAGAAAGGAGAAGUGAAACCAGAUCACGCUCCUGAACAGAUUCUGGAUUCGUUAUCUUGCCCCAGUGAGGAGCCUCUUCAUGUCAAAGGGGCAAGAAAUGCAACAGGGAAAGAAAAUGUUAACACCCCUAUCGUUUCAAAUGUAAAUCCAUG